AGUUUUAUCAGAGUCGUACCGGUAGCAAUAACAAUAUCGCUUGCACCAUAUUAUUUUGAUACAAUUUAUUUUAAAAAUUAGCAUCUAAAGCUGUAUUUGAUUUGCAAAAGCUCUUUUUAAAGCUUCGUGACGGGGGGUGGGGCGGUGGGGGGAAAGAACAAACAACAAAAUGGACGCGUUAACUCGGAGUCGGUGACGAUUUUGAAUUUUUAAAUAAUCCGACUCCACAUUCCAGGGUUAAAGUUAUGAUUAUGAUUUUUUUUUUACUUUACUAAGCAAGAUUUAUCACGUGGUUUAGCCAAUAUAAGAGAGAGAUUCAGGUUUUUAGUUCGUACAGUAGUCGGAUGAACACAAGUCAUCUCACGGUCUGUACUGUAUAAUCUAUAACCCCAAAAACAUUUCUUUUCUGUUUUUUGAAAAAAUGGCCAGACAUUGUGGAUUGUCGUUUUCUUUGGUAUGUGUUUUACUGGCGUCACCGACAUUCGUCAAAGCGUUGUCGAUUCUGGAAGAACCAGAGGUGCCUCCUGCGCCACAGGAUGAGCCAACAUCCCCUCCGGAAACACCUUAUACAGAUGGGACACCGUUUCCUCCGGAGACGCCCAACACCCCAGAACCAACUGUAAUCUGGGGGGAUCCACCCUUCACUAGCCAAGAAACACCACCGACUCCGUUUACCAACGAUGUCCCUGUUACUCCCCCUCCUACAGAAACCCCGUGUGAAGAAGAUACAAUUGCGCCACAUCCAUAUCCCGAAGGCGGAUGUGAGGUAAGCUGCAUAAACAUUAUCUGUUUUUUUUGCCAUUGUUCAAAUCUUUUAAUAAUCUAACCCUAUUUUAUUUAUUACAUUUUUUAAAAUUAUUUUAUUGGGGUGGGGGUGUAAUUUAAAGUUGUGUUGUUAAUUACAAAUAUAUACAUUAAUUAACUAAUUUUUAAUGUUUUGUUUUCGUGGAAGACCGUGAUUCAGUCCCUGUAUGCGUAAAGUUCAACGUACUUCAAAGUAACAAAAAUCUUCAUAAGAGAAACUUUUAAAAAUUGUUUGCAUCUUUAAAAUCGAUUUUUUUUCCUGCUGAAAAUAUCUUGAAAUCUACAAGUCAAGUUGGGACAUUUCCCCCACCCCAAAACAAUCUUCGCCCCCCUAAGACCCACCCGGGGUCAUUAAGAAGAUGAUGUUGUUUGUGUGGUAAAUUCUAGCUCCUUAACUGGAUGACAGACAUCCUGCAAGUGGACACGUCAGCACUGGCGUAGGAAGGGGGUCAAGGGCGGGCCACGCCGGUAGAAGCUAUUUUUAUGAAGAGAGAAAUCAUCAUUGUGCUCCAUACUAUAAGAUAUGAACUACAUACUAUAAGAUGUGGGCUACAUACUAUAAGAUGUGAACUACAUACUAUAAGAUGUGGACUACAUACUAUAAGAUGUGGACUACAUACUAUAAGAUGUGAACUACAUACUAUAAGAUGUGGACUACAUACUAUAAGAUGUGGACUAUAUCCUAUAAGUUGUUGACUACAUACUAUAAGAUGUGAACUACAUACCAUUAGAUGUGGACUACAUACUAUAAGAUGUGGGCUACAUACUAUAAGAUGUGAACUACAUACUAUUAGAUGUGGACUACAUACUAUUAGAUGUGGACUACAUACUAUAAGAUGUGGGCUACAUACUAUAAGAUGUGAACUACAUACAAUAAGAUGUGGACUACAUACUAUAAGAUGUGGGCUACAUACUAUAAGAUGUGAACUACAUACUAUAAGAUGUGGACUACAUACUAUAAGAUGUGGGCUACAUACUAUAAGAUGUGGACUACAUACUAUAAGAUGUGGACUACAUACUAUAAGAUGUGGACUACAUACUAUAAGAUGUGAACUACAUACUAUAAGAUGUGGACUACAUACUAUAAGAUGCGGACUACAUACUAUAAGAUGUGGACUACGUACUAUAAGAUGCGGACUACAUACUAUAAGAUGCGGACUACGUACUAUAAGAUGCGGACUACGUAUUAUAAGAUGCUAACUACAUACUAUAAGAUGCGAACUACAUACUAUACGAUGUGGACUACGUACUUGAUAUGAACUAUAAGAUUUGGACUACAUACGAUAAGACAGGCUUGCACAACAUAUGACCCGCCAGCACCAAUUUUGCGGCCCGCGAAGCAACAAAAUUUUCUUUAUUAGUAUUUUUUUCUUAGGGGUCGUCCAUUAAUUAAGUGAACAAUUUUUUCGCAANUUUAUACCCCAAAACCCCCCCCCCCACAAAAAAAAAUGAAUUAUAAUACAAAUAAAAUUAAUAAAUACGUUUUACUUUUUGCUGUUGUAUUUUAAUAACACAAAAUUGUAGGAAAAACAUUUUAUUACAUCUUUAGCUUGUCAAUCAACAAGUUAAAAAGUUUUUACACUUCAAUUUGAUAAACAGAAACAAUUAAAAGUUUGUUAAAGACUAAAUAUCAUUGUUUGUGGAAGUAUGAAUAUGAUUAUUGUCACUAUAGCUAACAAUGAUAGUAUAGUUUGUAGUUUGUUUAUAGUCUGUGUGAGCAAUAGUUGCCAUAAGCUCUCUCUCUGUCUUUGAGUUGUUAUAGUUGUUAUUCAACACCAAUGAGUUGGUGUACAAUGAAGUGUUAAUCAUUCUAGGGAGCGGAUUAAGAGAAAAAUGACAGGCGAAGAGAUGCCAAUUUUUUUACUUCUCUUGCACUAACAAAGUGUGCUAACCUUCUGACCAGCUAUCUGCAGUGCACAGACAGACACACAUUAAAUAACUCUUACAGUGUUAAAAUCCUAAACAUAUAUGACUUUUUACACUCAUUGAAUUCUUUAAAAUAACGUAAGAACCCGUCAAUUUUUAAGAAUACACUUUUAAAGGAAACACAUGAUUGUUGACGUCAACUAAUCUAAACCCACCUACCUCCCUCUUGUCAAUAACUGUCAAACAUUUCCACCCCCCCCCCUAUUUUGUUGACGUAAUUAAUAGACGACCCCGUAAUAGCUUCCACACCCCCCCCCCCCUUUUUCUUAUUUUCUUUCGGUCCGCACACGUUUUUCCUAAAGUAUUACGACACGAUAAACAUUUGAGUUGUGCAGGCCUGCUAUAAGAUAUUGGCUACAGACUAUACGAUGUGGACUACAUACUAUAAAAUAUAGGCUACAUAUUAUAAGAUAUGGACUGCAUACUAUAUACUAAUGGACUACAUGCUAUGAGAUAUGCCUUGUGUUUGAUAUGUAUUCUGUAUGUUUGUGGGUUUCAUAAACAGCGGGAGGGUCAAGUCCAGCCCAAGAGUCACAAAACUCUGUCUACACCACUGUAGUACAUUCUUUAUUAUAGAAUAAGUACAUAUAAAUGAAGCAGGACCGGCGCUUGGGGAGGGGAGGGACGACGACCGCCCUAGGCCCCUCACUUGUUAGGGGCGCGUGUAGCCUUUUUAAUAUUUGAUAUUAAAAAUAAUAAUACUAAAGUUAUUUGAAAAUCACGCUUUAUCCCCAAGGGCUCGAAGCGUGGUACAAAGUCAUCUAUAUUAAAAAAAAAGAAAUGAAAAAAUCUAUAUUUUACCACAUUGAAAUACAAAACGCAACAUUACAAAAGCUACAUACGAGAAUACCAAUUCUAAGUCUUUCAUCCCCUGCAACCAUAAACAAUACAGCCAGGCCGUCCCUAUUCAUAGUUUGUAAUUUCAAGUCAACACAAUGUUCAUUGUACAACAUCAGUUGAAUCUAGGGACGAGCCACGACAGACGCCAGAAGAAUCUCGUAGGAUAAACUAUUUCUUGUGGUUGCUAGACCAUGCGUUGACAUCCUUGAAGACAACGUUUCCAACAACUGAACCUGUGCUUUUGACAUAUUGGAUUUCUAUAUGACAUUCAGCAACUCCGCACCAUGACACUGGCUAAACUGCUGUGUGAAGUUGGACAUGUCUUUGAGAAGCUGUAAUUCGCGGGAUAGAGAUGGUUUGGGAUUACUGCGAGGAUCUGAAGAUAUUGAGUUAAAUUGUUCCCCACAGGAGAAGUACAAACAGGACCCCCCCCCCACACACACCACCGGCCAUGAAUGAAGUAGCAGACCUGUAUACCCCUAACCCCUACGCUUUCACCGUAGUAACUACAUUUGUAAGCAUAAGACUACGGCACUGCGACGAGGCUAAAAAAAAAUACAUAAAUACGGUUUCGAGAGUUUUUUCGUUUGGUUUAUUUCUAAGUAAAAAAAUUAAUAAUUGGGGUGUUUUCAGUAAAAAUUUACAGCAUUUUCGUGUUAACACCGUAAGCAAUCGAAUAAGAAUAACUGUGAUUGGCCUUUGCGGUGUCCAUCUCAAUGAACCAAUUAGAGUUUUUUUUUUUUUUUUUUUUCUUUUAGAAGAUUGCGUUGUUAAUACUUAUUUGCCAAUGUGCUUGCCGGAGACCUUCUCUCAUCCUUAAGAAACAAAUAGGAAGACCAUAUCAUGUAUAUUUAUAUCUGUUAAAUUACAUAAGCAAUUAAGUGGAUUUCCUUACACAACUUGUAUUUUGAUUGCAAGCCCCCCCCCCUCUCCCCCUAAACCAAACGACUCUUUGGAGCUUGAAACUACGUUUCAUAGAGCUGAAAACGACCGCGACACUAACCCAGGGGUAAACAGGUCUGGGGUAGGCGCUUAGAUAUGAAAUAGAUCUUAGUCAUUCUAACAAAACUAGAAUAAAUUACCCCGAUGUUAUCGGGAUAAUGAUGGUAGGUCUUUUGCGAUAUUUUCUAACUGCUAUUGCAAAAAAUUCAUCCCAAUUCAUAACUUUUAAAAUGAAAUGAUAUUUACGUUUCUAACAUCAUUAAGUUUUGAGAAGUGUUUAUCUGCUAUAUAUGAUACGCGUACACUACACCCUUUCACGCUCCUAAACUACUUUUUCCCCUCUAAACAUGACCUUAAAUUACCCAGUCUAAAUUAUCACUAAUUAUAUCACUUUGGUCACCAAAGAACUUGAGGGACAAUUACUAAGCUAGAGAACUAUUUUAGAUUUACCCCUUUUCGUGCCCUUGAAUUACAACUUUUUUCACUCAAAAUGUACUCAAACCACCAAAUUUUAAAUUUACAACAAAAACUCUAUAUAUGAUAUAAAUAUAUUUUGUAUUACAGGAAUUCGAUAUAUAUUGAUAUCUUCCUCAAAAAUUUAAACUCAUUUUUGCCUUUUAAAAAAAAUUAUACAUUAUCAGAAAAUCGUAAAACAAAGAAUUCUUUUAUCUAAGAAGAAUCUCGUAACUGUUUUUUCACGCCUAUAUCAGAUUUGACUGCCUUUUUUAAUAAAUUAAAUUGUUAAUCUCAUAAGAAUACACACCUCUUUAACUUUUGCAAAGUAACAACAAAAAUAUAUUUUCAUUUUUUAAAAAAAAAGAAAAUAUUAACCCAUCUUCAUUGGUCAAAAUUUAAUUUUCAAGUGUGUAAAAAGAUUGUGUUUUGAUAUGCAUGGAUAUAUUUAUAUAAAUGUACCCAAGAUUUGUUAACGCCAUUGAUUUUAUUAUUUGAUAAACAUAUGUUUAUUUGUAAAAAGAGAAUUUAACAUCUCUUUUUUCACAAAUGUAAUACCAUAGGAUUUAAAUAUAUUGUCAGCCACGUAAAACUGUACACAUGCUAUUUCCUACCUCCGAUAUGAAUGUACCCAAGAAGGUGAAUUAUUUAUCAAAUUCAUUCCUUUAUUUUGGGACGUAUCUUGUGCUGCGUGGGGCAAAGAGACCAACCCCUCCACCACCCAGAUUUAAAUAAAUUUAGAAAAUCUUCCACCGGAUUGUAGUUCCUUCCAUACCCAAACUAACAUAUUUUGUACUUCAUAUGGUGGGUUCUUAUUUGUUUGAGGUAUAAGUGGAUUAAUAAAUGCUAUUUAGCUAUGGAGUUGCGCUGCACUGAUUGACUUAGUCCGCAUUUUCUUAUUAGAAUUAUAUUGAAAUGUUAGUUUUUAUUUCGUUAUAAAUUUAAUAAAAGUAUAUUUUUUUAUUUAAAAAAAGGCAAAAUUGUUUAAAUGUAAAAAUAUACAAAGCAAAAAUGUGUGUGUGUGUUUUAUUAACAAUUUAAAAACAAUCAAUUGUAUUUAUCAAUUUUAAUUUUAAGAACGGAAAAUACAGCAUCAGUUUUGUCACGCGCGGUUAUUAAAUUUAAAGAAACCCAAAAUUAUUGGUGAAAUAGGCUAUUCGUGCUAUGACGUCAUUUGGGUGAUUAUUUAGAACAAUUUAAUUUUAAUUGUAUUUCGCAAUAUUAACAACGCACUAAAAGACGCACUAAAAAUGACUGAUGCUUGGGUUUUCCCGAUAAAGUGAUUACGGUGUAAUUCUUUGAUUAUGAUUUUUUUAAAUAUUUUUAUUUUUUCAUAACUUUCAAACACAUAUAAAAUGCUUAAAAUAGUUCCUUAGUUAAUAUUUUAAAUGUAUUUGUAAUUUUUAAUAAUAUUACUUUAACUUUUAAUAAAAUAAAAGUGGUGUUAAAAUAUUUUUUGCGCAUUUAUAAUUUUCGAUUUCCGUAAAAUAAUAGAAAAAUAACUAUGAUUGUUUUUAGGAAUCCGAAAGUACAUAAAUCGUAUAGGCUCUUUGGCGUUAUGUCACUGUAGCUCAUUCUUAUAUAUAUAUAUAUAUAUAUAUAUAUAUAUAUAUAUAUGUAUAUCAUCUUUCCGUCUGCGGGAGACGAUAGAUUAUCUUUAUUGCUUGCAGCUCUUGGUGUGGCUGGUGAGACCAAUCCUCGAAUGGCAGUCUCUGUUACAUUUCCCACACACGAAUGCGGUGGAGCAGUAUUUGCCGGCCUUCCUCCUCGCUCUUUUUGCAGCUGUUUCCGCCCUGUUUUGAUCCUCGGCAUGUAGUGAUCCUGCCUUCACGAUGCCCUGCCAUGAGGAUCGAUCCUCUGCCAACUCCUCCCAGUUUGAGAUGUCGAUGUUAGAUGACUUCAUGUCUCUUUUGCAUAUGUCUAAGUAUCUCAGACGAGGCCGUCCAACUGACCUUUUCCUUGUCGCCAGCUCGCUGUAUAGCACGUCCUUUGGUAUGCGACCAGAUUGCAUUCGCUUGACGUGUCCAAGCCAGCGGAGGCGUCUUUGGAUUAACAUGGCUGGGACGCUACAGAUAUUUGUUUGGGACAGGAUAUCCGUGUUGGGGACUUUGUCUUGCCAUUUAAUGUCAAGGAUGUGGCGCAGGCAUCUGAGGUGGAAGCCAUUGAGCCUUCUUUCGUGUUUAGAGUAUGUGGUCCACGACUCGCAUCCAUACAGAAGUGUGCUCAGUACGCAGGCCUGGUAAAGAUAUGUGAAUCUGUCAACAGUAUCCAAGUCGUAGUCGUCGAUGGCGAUAGUGGGGAGGGAGUCAGCGCCCUGUGCCAUAAUGUUAGUUUUCUUUAGGCUAAUUGUCAGGCCAAACUCUUUGCAGGCAGCGGAUAGGCUGGAUACGAGGCUCUGCAGGCCGUCAGCUGUGUGAGAUACCAAAGCGGCAUCUUCCGCAAACAAGAUCUCUCGCAGCAAGACCUUUCUUGUUUUAGUCUUAGCUCUAAGGCGGGCAAUGUUGAAUAAUUUGCCGCCAUCUCUAGUGUGGAUGUAUAUCCCCUCGCUGUUGUUCUGAAAGGCAUACUGGAGUAGGAUGGAGAAAAAGAUUGCAAAUAAAGUAGGAGCCAGCACCCAACCUUGCUUAACUUCACUACUCACUGGAAAAGUUUCUGAGGCGGCACCGUUAUAGCACACUGUGCCCUGCAUGUUUUCGUGGAACUGCUUGAUGAUGUUAAGCAGUCACGUAGGGCAGCCUAUCCUUUUGAGGAUCUGAAACAGGCCGCUUCUGCUGACAAGAUCAAAAGCCUUAGGGAGGUCGACAAACGCAAUGUAUAAAGGCAUAUGUUGCGCCCUUCCAUUUCUCCUGCAGCUGGCGCAGAGAGAAGAUCAUGUCUAUGGUUGACCUACCGGUGCGAAAACCACAUUGCGAUUCUGGGAGUACACGCGAUGCUAGGGUCUGUAGGCGUGUUAAUGCAACUAAAUAUAUAUAUACUAUAAAAUCUAAUUUAAUUCCCCCCCCCCCCAAUAUAUAUAAUUCUAAUUGUUAUCUCUAUCAAACAGUCACCACCGCCUUACGACAGUCCUUGUGCAUGGUGUCAGUGUGCUGACGGCCAAUGGAUGUGUGCAAUAAUGGACUGCGCGCCGCGGGCUUGUGUUGAUGGAUACACGGUUCCCGGCGAGUGCUGUGAAACCUGCCCCAACGGUGAGUCUCAAUCCUAAUCGACACAAACGGCCUGCCCCAAUGGUGAGUCUCAAUCCUAAUCGACACCAACGGCCUGUCCCAACGGUGCGUCUCAAUCCUAAUUGACACAAACGGCCUGUAUCAACGGUGAGUCUCAAUCCUAAUUGACACAAACGACCUGUCUCAACGGUGCGUCUCAAUCCUAAUUGACACAAACGACCUGUCUCAACGGUGCGUCUCAAUCCUAAUUGACACAAACGACCUGUCUCAAUGGUGAGUCUCAAUCCUAAUUGACACAAACGACCUGUCCCAAUGGUGAGUCUCAAUCCUAAUUGACACAAAAGACCUGACCCACUGGUGAGUCUCCAUCCUAUUUGAUACAAAAGACAUGUCCUAAUGGUGAGUCUCAAUCCUAAUUGACACAAAAGACCUGUCCCACUGGUGAGUCUCGAGAUAAAAUGAAUUAACCAACAAAUUAUUUUAAUCUGUAUCAAAUUAUAAAAGAGUUGAUUUGAAUUGUUUCAUUCUUAUUUUAUAUUAAUGAAUAAAAAAAUUUUUAAGGUUAGUUGAGAAUUCUGUCACUUGCUACUAUUUGCUUCCCUUUCCACGGCUCAUCCCUAGCAAUGGACAACUAGCUAAUAAUAUGUUUGUUAAGCAAAAGUGAGAUAUAACCGCCUACAGGAAAAAAAAAACAACACAACACUUUAUGAGUUUUGCAUUUUUACAGGUAGCUAUUUCUAGUUUCUAAUCAGUCUCUAAAUAUUAACAUGUAAAUUUUUCUGACAACUUGUAACGUGGGAUUUGUUUGGAGGUAAUAAAAAAAAAUAUAUCUUAAUCUUUGUAUAUCUUAAUAGGAGGAUUUUGGCAGAGAAAAAACAAGAUAUACUAUAAAGCAUAAAGUAUUAUAAAGCUAGUGUGACUCAUGAAGUCUUGGGGUAACCAAGCUACUAGAACAGAGAUUCUCAGCCCGCGGGAGGGGACCUCAAAUAAGUUUGCGAAGGGAUGAUGUGGGGGUUGAAAAUGACCCCCCCCCCUUAAAAAAAUGUAUGGAAAACCUGAAGAAACCAAAGACGCAACAAAACAACGAAUGUGUCGUCAAGAAGCCCCUUUAGCGAGCCAACAACAGUAAAAUAUCAAAUAAAAAUAACACUUCGCUGCAGUGUAGUAUCCGAGAGGUCAGCAAGAGCAGUAUCUGAGAGUGGGGCGGGGGGGGGGGGGCCGGCUGCAACAACAGACUUAGAGAAGUGGUGAGAUUUAAACAGCCUUCUUGUUUUAAAUGACUUUCUGUCUUAAUACCAACAACAGUAAAAUAUCAAAUAAAAAUAACACUUCGCUGCAGUGUAGUAUCCGAGAGGUCAGCAAGAGCAGUAUCUGAGAGGGGGGCGGGGGGGGGGGUGCCGGCUGCAACAACAGACUUAGAGAAGUCGUGAGAUUUAAACAGCCUUCUUGUUUUAAAUGACUUUCUGUCUUAAUGUCUGCGUAACAAUUUACGUGAUGGGAUUGAGUGCGUCACCAGUGACGCCACAUUCUAUUUGAACAUUAAGUGUCCAUUUUUUUUUUCCUUUUCAAUAAUGACCAUCUUCAAAAAGUCAUGUUGUUCUCAAGAUAUCGCAAUGAGGUCAGUGUGCCUUGAAAACGCUUGAGAACCUGUGCGCUAGAGCUGCUGAGCUUAGUCAUACACCGCGGUUAAUAAGAUUGUACAGGUCCUGGCUUACAGUGACACUUUUUGACGAUUUGUGACAACCUCUGGCCUGCUGAAAUUUAAAAAAAAAAAAAAAGAAAUUCUUUUUUUUAAAUUGUAUCCUGAAAGCGUUGACCCGUGAUGUCCGGAGAAGAGAUUGGAGAACUAAAAAUGGCGUGGGCUCCCAGGAGAGAAACUCCUGAUGUAAAAGACAGGUUGAUACACUCAAUGACUUAACAGAUGACACCUGCUAGAUGACACACUAGUCAUGUAAAAAGCUUGUGAAGGUCUAAUCUUCGGCUGGUUUCAGGCAGGUAAACCUUUAGGUUUUGCCUCAUUGUAUCGAGCUACGUUAACCGCAAAUCACCGAUGACGUGAAAGAUUGGCUUUUAACAUCUUAUCGGGGUAGCCUGAGCCAGUGGCGUAGCGAGGGUGCUUGGCGCCCGGGGACAAGAUUCGCGCCCGGGGACAAGAUCCAUUUUAAAGCGCCCCUUUUUCUUUUUUUCAACUCUCAACCCGAUUAUUUUCAUCAAUAAAAUAAUAUCAAAGCACAUUUUGGCGCCCCUAACUAGCUGGCACCUGGGGACAUCUGUCCCCCCCCGCCCCCACCACGCUACGCCUCUGGCGUGAGCUACGGUUCGCAUUUAGCUUUUAACGGCAAGCAUAUAUGUGGCACGCAUAGAGAAAGAGGAGAGACAUACAAAAUGAGAGUGAAAGACAGCGUGAUUGAAAGUGAGAGAGAAAUACACGGAGAGAGAAGAGCGAGAAGGAAAGAGAGAGAGAGAGAAAGAAAGAGAGUACGCAUGAAUGUGUACAUAAUUCGGGUUCUUUUUAUCAGUGUUCGCGGAUCUAUAAAUAGUAAGGGCACCGCCCUCUUGUUUUCUGUGAAAGCGAAAGUACGAUUCUUGACUUCCACUUCUUGCAUUGAGAACUUUUAAGACAGGAAAUAAUUCACUAGUUCCGACACGUGAUGCCAUGGUAGAAAGUAUCUUUUUUAUUAAAAAAAAUAAAUAAAUACCUGAUUUUAAAAAAAAUGGGAGCUUGAGACUAUUUGACCUUGACCUAGUUUGAUUGCUCUGUACAAGGCCACACUGCGGAGCAGACGGUGAGAUCAUCCCGUCUGAUCAAAGCGCCAUUGCAAACUCUGGGCAGGAAUGUUUAUGUGAUUUUUAUUAAUGUCCCAAGACAGGAAUGUUUAUGAGAAAUGUCCCUGGACAAUUUAUGUGAUUUUAAUUUUGUCCCACCUAGUGUUAUAUGCACGCCGCCUUAUAUUCUCUUACCUUAUUAUACGUUCUCUUAUUUUAUAAUCUAUAUUCUCUUACUGUAUAAUCUGUGUUUUCUUACCUGAUAAUAUAUUUUAACUUACCUUUUAAUCUAUAUUCUAUAACUCUUGUUGUUAUAUACGUUCUCUUACCUUAUAAUCUACGUUCUUUUAUCUUAUAAUCUAUGUUCUCUUAUGUUAUAAUCUAUAUAUAUUCUCUUACCUUAUAAUCUAUGUUCUCUUACUGUAUAAUUUAUAGUUUCUUAACAUUAUGAUCUAGAUUAUCUUAAUUACAAUCUAUGUUCUCUUACCUUAUGAUCUAUAUUCAAUAACGUUUAUAAUAUAUGUUAUCUUUCUUUAUAAUCUAUGUUCUCUUACCUUAUUAUCUAUAUUAUCUUAAAUUAUAAUCUUUCUUCUCUUACCUUAUAAUCUAUGAUCUAUAACUCUCAUAAUCUAUGUCAUCUUACCUUAUAAUCUAUGUUCUCUUACCUUAUUACCUAUGUUCUCUGACCUUAUAUCUUAAAUUAUACUCUUUGUUCAAUUACCUUAUAAUCUAUAUUAUAUAACUCGUAUAAUAUAUCUUCUCUUACCUUAUAAUGUAUAUUCCCUUGAAAUAUAAUCUAUGUUUUCUUAAAAUGUAAUAUAUGUUCUCUGACCUUAUGAUCUGUGUUCUCUUAUCUUAUGAUCUAUGUUCUCUUAAAUUAUAAUCUAUGUUCUCAUACAUUAUAAUAUGUCUUCUCUUACCUUUAUCAUCUACACGCUCCCAUCAUCCACGUUCACUGCUAUGCACUGACAGGUCCUAACUGUGAAGCAGACGGCCAGAUCAUUCCAGCGGGUCAAACGGUGCAGCUGGACUCUGGCUUGGAAUGCACAUGCGAGAGUGGCAUGGGCUAUUGGGGUCCAUCCCAGGCUCUCUGUACCCCCAAGCGCCCAAGCUGUGAAGUAAGCGUAACUAACUGUAUUGUUGGACUUUUAUAGCUACUUGAAAAAAAAUAAUUAAAAAUGGUCUAUUGAUGAAUUUGUCGUCGUCCCCCCACCCUCCCCCAAUAACACACCUUUUUUUUUAAACAGUGAUUUUAAACUUACUUGUAAACAUAUGAAAACUAUUUUGAUCUCUGCCUUGUUACCUUGCUAAUACGAUCUGUUUGCAUUUUAUAAUUAUUCUUUUUUACUCGAUUCUUUUAAUGAAGAAAUUUAAAAAAGCAGGUCUAAAACAGAAGUAUGAUUGCUAUGGGUAGCAUAGUUGCUAUGGGAAGUACGGUUGCUAUGGGUAGUAUAGUUGCUAUGGCAAGUAUGAUUGCUAUGGGUAGUAUAGUUGCUGUGGGAAGUAUGAUUGCUAUGGGUAGUAUAGUUGCUAUGGAAAGUACGGUUGCUAUGGGUAGUAUAGUUGCUAUGGAAAGUACGGUUGCUAUGGGUAGUACGGUUGCUAUGGGUAGUAUAGUUGCUAUGGAAAGUACGGUUGCUAUGGGUAGUAUAGUUUCUAUGGAAAGUACGGUUGCUAUGGGUAGUAUAGUUGCUAUGGGAAUUACGGUUGCUAUGGGUAGUAUAGUUGCUAUGGAAAGUAUGGUUGCUAUGGGUAGUAUAGUUGCUAUGGAAAGUACGGUUGCUUCGGGAUGUAUAGUUGCUAUGGGAAGUAUGAUUGCUAUGGGAAGUAUAGUUGCUAUGGGAAGUUUGAUUGCUAUGGGAUGUAUAGUUGCUAUGGGAAGUAUAGCUGCUAUGGGAAGUAUGAUUGCUAUGGGAUGUGUGGUUGCUAUGAGAAGUAUGGUUGCUAUGGGCUAUUGGAAGUAUGGGGCCUGACUUUUGGCAACGGUGAUGGUCAAUGACCGAUUCAUUUAUCUGUCACUGCUACCCUGCUGCUCGUUCGGCUGCCCGACGGCCCGUGUUAAGGACCCCAGGCGUUCCGGAUCUGGGCGCGAGCCAGAUUUUUUGGGGACCGCUGCCUUAAUCUCAAAGCGAAAUGUUUUAAUUCGUAAAUGCGUUCAUGAAUCAGUUGUUGUUGUUUUUUUUUAGUUUAUCGGGCGCGCAAACAAAAAUAUUUUUGAAUAUUAAGUUAUUUUUUACUUUGCUUAUGUAGGAGUCAUCCGGCCCUGGGAUGGACAUGACUUGUGGCUACUGCUGGUGUGAUGAAUACACCGGUGGCUGGGUGUGCCUUGAUAGACCUUGCUAUCCACCACUGUGUGUUGACGUCGUCAAGUCUGAAGAUGGUUGCUGUGAUGAGUGUCCUAACGGUGAGUUAAGCUUUGACGUCCUCGUAGAAAGGCGCAGCGAAGAGGCCUGAUAAGAAAAAUUACUAAAUUGAUUCUUUGUGCAUUAACCAGUCGGAUAGACGUAGGCCUAUAACUUUGGCAUCUGGAUAUGAGAAUCAGACUUUAGGCCCAAACAGGCACAAAAGGUUUGUUAUAUGACACGUGGACGGAAAUUUUCACUUAACAAAUCUGAAUCCUUGUAAACAAUUGUGAAGUGUCUGGCUAGUGCCUGUCUCUAUGAGUGUCUGACUAGUGCCUGUCUCUACGAGUGUCUGGCUAGUGCCUGUCUCUACGAGUGUCUGGCUAGUGCGUGUCUCUAUGAGUGUCUGCCUAGUGCCUGUCUCUAUGAGUGUCUGGCUAGUGCGUGUCUCUACAAGUGUCUGGCUAGUGCGUGUCUCUAUGAGUGUCUGGUUAUUGCCUGUCUCUACGAGUGUCUGGCUAGUGCCUGUCUCUACGAGUGUUUGGCUAGUGAAUGUGUCUAAGAGCAUCUGGCAAGAGUGGGUCUCUACGAGUGUGUUGCUAGUGCCUAUCUCUACGAGUGUCUGGCUAGUGCGUGUCUCUACGAGUGUCUGGCUAGUGCGUGUCUCUACAAUUGUCUGGCUAGUGCGUGUCUCUACGAGAGUCUGGCUAGUGCGGGUCUCUAUUAGUAUUAGUGUCUGGCUAGUGCGUGUCUCUACAAGUGUCUGGCUAGUGCGUGUCUCUAUUAGUAUUAGUGUCUGGCUAGUGCUGUCUCUAGGAGCGUUAGCUAGAGUGUGUCUCUUCAAGUGUGUUGCUAGUGCCUAUCUCUACGAGUGUCUGGCUAGUGCAUGUCUCUACGAGUGUCUAGCUAGUUCAUGUCUCUACAAUUUUCUGGCUAGUGCAUGUAUCUACGAGUGUCUGGCGGCUAGUGCAUGUCUCUACAAUUAUCUGGCUAGUGCGUGACUCUACGAGUGUCUGGCUAGUGCAUGUCUGUACAAUUGUCUGGCUAGUGCGUGUCUCUACCAUUGUCUGGCUAAUGCGUGUCUCUACGAGUGUCUGGCUAGUGCGUGUCUCUACGAGUGUUUGGCUAGUGAAUGUGUCUAAGAGCAUCUGGCAAGAGUGGGUCUCUACCGAAAUCUGGCUAAAGGGCCUCUACCAAUUGUCUGGCUAGAGUGUAUCUCUACAAAAUUUAUGGCUACAUCCUCUACCGAUGUCUGGCAAGAGUGUUUCUCUACCAAGGCCUGGUUUGAGUGUUUAUGCUUAGUGUGUGUCUGACUAGAGUGUGUCUCUACCGAGUGUCUGGCUAGAGUUUGUAUCCACAAGCGUCUGGUUAGAGAGUGUCUCUACCGAGUGUUCGGCUAAAGUGAGUCGCUACCGAGUGUCUGGCUAGAGUGUGUAAAGACUACAUUAUCAUAAUUAUCACGUUCAUAAUUUUCAUCUUUUCAGACAUAUGCAUUUGUAUAUUAGUCAAGAGAUACCAUGUCUCCUUUAACUUCACAGGCUACAACUGUGAGGCUUUUGGAGAGAUUAUACCAUGGGGAGAGAUGAAAACACUUGCCAGUGGCAUGGUGUGUUCCUGUGAAUUUGAUUGGAGCUUUGGCUCGUCGCCUCUGCAAGCUCAAUGUUUCCUAAUACCGGAGACGACUCAGCCCACACCCGAGUACACACCUGAGCACACACCUGAGAACACACCUGAGAACACACCUGAGAACACACCUGAAAGCACACCUGAGAACACACCUGAGAGCACAACUGAGAACACACCUGAAAGACCACCUGAGAUCACACUUGAGUCCGCACCCGAGGACACACCUGUGGAAAAGUGAUAGACCCCGUACAACUAUGUUAUUAUUCACAAGUGAGGGGGCCCUUAAAUCACCCCCAGAUGUCGACAGCCACCGCCCCAACCCCCUCACACCAUUAUAGCAUUUUAGGACAUUAACACAAUUCAUGUAAAAGGUUCUAACAGAUUAAAAAAAUUCUACAUUCCGCUAAUUUCUCUCCUCCCCCCCCCCCUUCACCCCAAUGCCAUGUCAACAUAUCUAAUGAUGUCACAAAAGGAUAACAAUAUUAUAGCAUUUUAGGACAUUACCACAAUUCAUGUAAAAGGUUCUAACAGAUUAAAAAAAUUCUACCUUCCGCUAAUUUCUCUCCUCCCCCCCACCUUCACCCCAAUGCCAUGUCAACAUAUCUAAUGAUGUCACAAAAGGAUAACAAUAAAAUAAAUGUUUGAAAAUUAUUUUAAAACAUUGACAAUUUGCCUUCUUCAUUUAGGUUGAGAAUCUUCAUUAAGCAAAUUUGUUAUUGAGAUAAGUGUAUUGAAAGGAAGAAUUUAUUAAAUCCUUUAUUUUAACUUCACUUUUGUUCGUGGCUGGCUAAAUCUUCGGACGGCUAAUCGACCCGCUUCCCGCCAAC